AUGUUCUUCAACUUCAGAGCCAUUGUGCUAUACGGCCUUCUUACGGUGGCCACUGCAAUACCUAUCCUCAAUAUCACGGAAGAUGGCACACCAUCCCAGCUUGAGGCGCGCAUGACGAAGAAGAAAGGUGUAUUGCAGGACUUUGUCGCACGGGACGGUAAGAUCAUUACGAAGGAACAAAUUGCGGCAGCCCUUCGUAAUCUUAGGAGCCACAAGGCUGCAAAGACAAAAGAGGGCGGAUAUCCUGAAGAUUUCAGUAAUCUCAUGGCGCUUAAUGGACCUGAGCGCCCUGUGUUCGCCGACAGGCCGACAGGUAAAGGGGCUAAUCUGCUAGAAUAUCCAAUUGACAUUCCUAGUGAGAAAUGGCCUGGAUCUGCACGUGUUAUUGCCACAGCAGGUGCAACUCCGAAUUUCGUUGGUGUGGCGCAGCACCCUCUUGGGUUGCAAAGGCAAUUCAGACGGCUCAAGGAGGCCAAAGACGACUGUGAAGCAGAAUCUUCCAAGCCGAAAAACGCUGCGCGGGACCUGUGGGAGCUAGUUAGGAGGAAGGUGACUGGUAAGAAGGCAAAGCCUGCUAAGGGCAAAGCAUGUCUUCUCAAGCCGAAGGCCAAGCCUAAGACACCUGCCAAAACGCACACUAAAACGCCGACCAAGAAGCCAACCAAGAAGCCUGCUAAGAAGCCUGCGAAGAAACACACAAAGAAGCCUGCGAAGAAGCAUGCUAAGAAGCCCGCGAGGAAGCACAACAAAAGACCGGCCAAGAGGCCUACACGCGCAUCCCGAAAGGGAGGAAGGCGGGGAGGUAGAAAGGGCGGCCGGAGAGGUUGA